GCGGUGCCCGCCUAUCGGGACCCUGCAACCAGAUGCAUCCCGUUAGCCCCCGUGAGUCACGUUCAGUCAUUUUCCCAACCAAUGACGACUUCGCCAAUUGCUCUACACCGGUUCUUCGAGUACCUUUUCGACUCUCAGACCGCCGAGUCAUCGGGCGGCUUGCAGCGACUCACACUGAAGGGGGGAUGCCGCGAGCUGCAUUGAACUCUAAAGCGGUGCAGUUCAUGCUUUUGGGGGGUAUAAUGUGCUGCCAGAUAUUGAAAAAAGCCAAGAUGUACAUAACUGCCCCUACAUCGGUCUACAUUAUGGGCGAUACGAGGCGGCGAAAUCGGGGACUUGACUCACACCGUUCACUAUGAUAAUCAGCAAAUCAGCACCUUAUCCAGUUCGAGAGCGGGCUCGGGGCUAGGGGGGGGGGGGGCGAAGCCUUCCCCCACUUCAUGCGUGGAUGUUACCUUGCGACUCUGGAGUCUGCACUAAAAAGUAACUAAUUUAAAGAUGACUUUCAACGAUAAGCUGGGCUGCGCGUAAUAUGCUCAAAGCUAUACCCACCCUUUCUUUCUAUUCUUUUCCUUUGACUUUUUAUUUCUCUCUCUUCUCAUCAUCCCCCUCUAGCACGGUGACAUGAGGAUAUGCCUCUUAACGCCCAAGUUGCGUCUCUAGCGGCCGGUUCUGUCGCCUUGUUCCUCGCGGGCCUGGACAGUAUCCCCGCUAUCAAAAGUAUCGCCGAUCGAAUCGCGCGCAGAUCAUCUCACCAGGAUGAGGCCAGUCUAGCCAAAACCGCCUAUCGCGAUGAAGAUGGCGAGGCGACGACGGAAUCUCUAAAGGCAUUUUCAGAUUGGUGGCAACGAGUCGCUAUUGCGAUCUUCUCCGGCAGUGGAUUCUUCGUCACUCUCGCUUUGGCCGUUCUUAUCACGUUGAAAUACGAUCCAGAUUAUUUGGUUUUAGCUUGGCUUCAGCUUGGGAUUUGGGCCUUCCUUUCCGUUCAAGCUAUUGCGUUCUUCACCGAGCCCCGCCCAACGAGUCGAUUCGAGCUGGGCCAAUUUGCUUUCGGUGGCAGUUUAACCGCCCUCGCGAUUACCGGUAUUCAAAUUCGAUUGGCAUGGGACUCUCAAAAUGUCAUGCUUCGCGAGCAGCCAUGGAUUGCCCUGGUCUCCGUUCAACUUGCCAGUGCGCUCCUGCGCGCGUUAUUCACCAUUCUUCUACCACGCCGACCUGAUGUCUUCUUCGAUGGCCAAAUCGUCGACAGGGAGCUUACAGUGACUGCCUUCGGCCGCUAUACGUUCUCCUGGGCCGGAUCGAUUCUCGGCUAUGCCGUCAAGAACCGAACACUUGCACUGACUGAUUUGCCUAAGCUUCGGUCGGCAAAGAGGGCGGAAAGCCUUCGCGCACAUUUUGAACGGGCUAGGGGAUCGCGAAAGAUAUGGAAAGCUCUCGUCUUUGCGCAUUGGGAUACGUUGCUGUUUCAGCUUUUCCUGACCCUGAUCAUUAGCGUCCUGAGCUUUGGACCACAGAUGGCUCUGUUUAAAAUCCUUAGUUCACUGGAGACCCGUGGCACCGACUCUUUUGAUCCGCUUCAAACGGCGCUGUGGGUUCUUGCGCUUGGAGGCUUGAUGUUGCUCAAUUCGAGCUUUGAAGCAUGGCUCUUCUGGGCUGUCUGCUCCAAGCUCUUUGUCCCUAUCUACGCUGAGCUCUCGGCCGUUGUUUUCGCCAAGUCUAUGCGACGGAAGGAUGCUAAGAGUACGAAAAAGUCCAAGACCAAGGACGAUCCAGCGGAAUCUGCAGAGGCAUUGCUUAAGGAACAGAAUGGGGAGGAAGAGGAAGACGACGAGGCCUCGAUCAAGAAGAACCGACAGAGCAUUAUCAAUCUUGCAGCCGUGGAUGCGAGACGUAUCUCGGACUUUACUUCUUACUCUUAUCUGAUCCCGUUUGCAAUGCUGAAAGUCUUCAUUGGCUGCAGCUUCCUAGUCAAAAUCCUCGGCUGGCGCAGUGCUUUUGCUGGAAUUGCCGUGUCGCUGCUUGUCACUCCUUUGAAUAUUUUCGCCGCUAAAAAAUACACCAGUGCUCAGGACAAGCUCAUGAAGCUCCGAGAUCAGAAAAUGGCUAUCGUCACCGAGGUACUUCAAGGAAUCCGUCAAAUCAAGUUUUCCGCCUUGGAGGAACAGUGGCAGAAGAAGAUCGGCCAGGUGCGCGAGGCAGAGCUGGGAGCCUUGUGGAUCUCGUUCCUCUAUGAUAUCGUUCUCUUGGGAAUCUGGAUCCUUGGUCCUAUCGGUCUUUCCGCUGUCUCACUUGCCGUUUACGCCUUGAUUCAUGGUGGACUUACUGCCUCCGUCGCCUUCACAGCAAUGGCCGUUUUUGGUGCACUGGAAAUGUCCCUUGCUAUUCUACCUGAAAUCAUCUCCAACGGUCUCGAGGCAAAGGUUAGCGCGGAUCGCAUCGAUGUCUACAUGCAGUCGGCAGAGAAGACUGUCAAUACCGUCGCGUCUGACAGUAUUGCUUUUGAGGAUGUCUCCGUGGGCUGGCCAGCGGAUAAGGCAGAUAACGAAGAAGAGGAUGAAGAUCGGUUCCUCCUAAGGGAGCUGAAUCUAGCUUUCCCCAAGAAGGGCCUGAGUGUGAUCUCCGGGCGAACGGGGUCUGGAAAGAGUCUGCUUCUCGCGUCGAUUCUGGGUGAAUGUGAUGUCCUCCAAGGAACCAUCAAAGUACCCGUUCCGCCGCCCAUCAAAGAUCGCUUCGACCACCUGGCUACGAGCGCGAACUGGAAUAUCGACUCGGCUAUCGCAUAUGUUGCACAGAUCCCCUGGAUUGAGAACGCCACAAUUAAAGAUAACAUUCUGUUCGGUCUGCCUUACAAUGAAGAGCGUUAUCGAAAGACACUCUUUGCAUGUGCCCUACAGAAGGAUCUGGAGAUGAUGCCGGAUGGCGAGUUAACUGAUAUCGGCGCCAACGGCGUAAACUUGAGCGGUGGUCAGCGAUGGCGAGUAUCCUUCGCCCGUGCUUUGUACUCAAGGGCGGGCAUUUUAGUGAUGGACGAUAUCUUCAGUGCCCUGGAUGCACACACUGGCCGCCACGUCUUUGAACAAGCUCUGACAGGCGAGCUCGGCCAGGGCCGAACUCGUGUUCUAGUCACUCACCACGUUGCACUGUGCCUUCCAAAGACUGAUUACUCUGUGCUUCUAGAAAACGGAUGCGUCAAGUACGCGGGAACUAUUGAUGAUCUUCGCAAGGAAAAUCACUUGGAUGAUAUUCUCCAGGAAGAGCACGAAGCGACAGAGGAAGAUCAAAGCACACUCAACGAGGAAUCGACGGCCCUUAACCCCGAGGAGACCACUCUCCAAAAAGUCAUCUCCAAUACGUCACGUCGCCGCCCAAGUCACUCGCAGAACGACACUACGCCGAAGGGUACGUCGCCUAAGAAGUUUAUUGAGGAUGAGCAGCGAGAAGUUGGCUCUGUCCGACUCUCGGUUUAUGCUAGUUACUUUUCCAUGGGUGGGCACAUCGUUCUCUGGCUUAUUACGCUAUUGGUGUAUCUCAGCUAUUCCAGUCUGAUGAUUGGACGUUCCUGGUGGAUCAAUGUCUGGACCAGCUCGUCGUCCAACACACAGGUGCAUCCUGAACAAUUCUCCGCGCUGUUACAACAUACGAUGUCUGCGCAGUCUGCGCAUUCGUCUACGAAAGAUGAUAGCUUGCAGUGGUAUCUCGGUGUUUACGUUGGAAUAUCUGUUCUGGCGUGUAUAAUUGGAACGGCUCGUUUCUACUUCAUUCUCUCAGCAAGCGUACGUGCAUCGAGAAAUCUCUUCAACAGCCUUACGUUUGCGAUCCUGCGUGCACCUCUACGAUGGCUGGAUACAGUUCCCCUUGGACGUAUUUUGAACCGAUUCACAUCCGAUUUCCACAUGAUCGACUCACGAAUCGGCUAUGAACUCGGCUUUUUCUGUUCCCAGGUAUUGGAAGUGUGCGGUAUCCUGGUUGCUGGAGUUCUGGUCUCUCCAUUGGUACUGGUUCUAGCGGGUAUUUUGUUUGUGAUUUGCAUGAAACUUUCCAUGACCUACCUGGCAGGUGCGCGAGAGAUCAAGAGACUGGAAAGCACCGCGAAGAGUCCUGUGUUCGAACAGUUCGGAUCCAGCCUGGCUGGUUUGAUCACCAUUCGUGCAUUCAGCAAAAGCGAGACCUUCAUCGAGAUCAUCUACGGUAAGAUCAAUGCCCAUGCUCAAGCAUGGUGGACGAUGUGGCUCUUCAACCGAUGGUUGGGCAUUCGCAUGAGCCUGGUGGGCGCGGUCUUUUCGACUCUGACAGCUGCUCUCGUGGUUUCUCUACCUGGAAUCUCGGCCUCCCUCGCUGGAUUUGCGCUCAGCUUUGCGCUGCAGUGUAACACUGCGAUUGCUUUCGUUUUGCGACAAUAUGCCAACAUCGAACUCAACAUGAAUGCUACAGAGCGUGUCAUCGAAUAUUCCAAAAUCGAGCUCGAGAACCAAGGAGGUGUUGAUGCACCCGCUGCUUGGCCCACGGAGGGUCGCCUGGAAGUCAGCGACCUUGUGGUUGGAUAUGCACCGGACCUGCCGCCAGUGCUCAAGGGCCUGAGCUUCACAGUUGAGAAGAACCAGCGUGUCGGCGUCGUUGGCCGUACUGGAGCGGGCAAGUCGUCAUUGACUCUCGCUCUCUUCCGAUUCCUGGAGGCGCGAGAGGGUCAGAUUCUCAUCGACGGUCUCGAUGUAUCAAAAAUUACACUCCACGAUCUACGGAGCCGUCUAGCAAUCAUCCCGCAAGAUCCCGUGCUCUUCUCUGGUACUGUCCGGACCAACCUCGACCCCUUCGACGAGUACAGCGAUACAGAGUUGACAGAUGCAUUGGCCCGCGUGCAUCUAAUCUCCAGCACCGUCUCGGACGACGAGGCAACGCUGACCUCUCAAGCCGCGACACCGCCACAGUCCACCAUCACCGGCGCAACCACGCCUGAUACAGCGACUGCACGGCAUGCUAACACCAACAUAUUCACCUCCCUAUCCGCUCCCAUCUCAGAGGGUGGUCUCAAUCUCUCUCAGGGUCAACGACAACUUCUCUGCCUCGCCCGUGCUAUCGUGUCCAGACCCAAGAUCAUGGUCCUGGACGAGGCCACUUCUGCAGUGGAUAUGGAGACCGACGCAUUGAUCCAGCAGUCUAUCCGAGCAGAAUUCGGUCGUAAUGCGACUACUCUGCUCGUUAUUGCUCAUCGUUUGAGCACCAUUGCUGACUUUGACCAUAUCUUGGUCAUGGAUGCGGGCAAGGCAGUUGAGUUCGGACCUCCUGAGGAUCUUAUGGGGAUUGAGAAUGGCGUGUUUAAGAAUUUGGUGGAUAGCAGUGGAGAGAAGGCUGUUUUGGAGAAAAUGAUUUUUGGUGAGCAGUAAAAAGCGAACGUUGUUUAUUUUUUUUCUUUGCGAAUUGUUUUCUAUGUUUUUCUAUUCUUGUUCAGAUUGUAUAGAAGGCAUACACAAGCGUGAUGAUAUUUUGGGAUUAUGGGCGAAUACCAUGAGUAUAUUAAGCUUGUGUGGGUAAAUUAGGUCUAAGUCACUUUGGAUGAGACACAAAUUGAAUGAAGUUUCUGGUUUUAUUUUGUUCUCUAUAGAUAACGACGUUGCUAAGAGCAUGGGAGAGGUGCGUGUCAUCAAGGCGUUUAGCUAGAGUUCUGCAGAUAGAAUCUGGAGACUCAAGACACCAGCCAUUCCACGACCCAGCUCCCACCCCCAGAAAAAUAUUAUUCCCACGGCCCAGCCAGUGGGGUACACCUUCAAGUUGAAAAUGGGUCAGAGAUGCCUUCAUCGCGUCCGUAAAUUAACAAGGUUGGUGUGCCGAACGCAUAUUUCAAUCUCCCUCCGUCCCGAGUCCAGCAGCCCUUAAGCCCCCCGAAGAGAGAGAGCCACAAGCCUCAGGGAGAAGAGAUUAUCAUAUAGAACACACUAGGCUUUCAUCAUCUGAAUAAAGUAGUCAGCAAAAC